GCGACAGGCAAUUCUCUGUUGGAUUUUGCGAUUGCAUUCAUAUCGCGUGAGCGCACAAGUGUGAAUAUCUGAUGCAAAUAACUUUAUAUAUGACGCGUAACAUUUCGCUUUCAAUUCACAAUAUAUGAAAUCGUCCGAUACAUUAGAUUUUGAAAAAGAUUCAGCAUUCGAAGGAGAGCAUAAUGAAUUCGUUAACAAGGAUAACGAGACGUUCGAAAAAAUUAUAUAUAUUCCGACUCUCCCGAGCACUUUUAACAAUCUCGUUGAGAAGACAGUGAAGAUCGAAACGGAGAAACCGCGAGAUGUUAUUGAAUUGCUAGGUGAUCUUUUGGGAGUUAAAGAUUACAAAACUAACAAAGCUGCUUUCUGGUUUUUGGAUAUCAUAGCUCUUCAAGUUAUACGUUACAAAAAUUGUCUAGAUGAUCAUUACAGAAGUGUAUUAAUUAGCUGGCUGGCUGGCGAAAUGAAAUUAAUUCGAGAUAAGAAACUACUUCGCAAAGACUUUUUUAAGGAAAUGAGAUUAUUAUUUCUCUACGCUGCUGAAAAAUUAUCUAGUGGCGAGCGAUUACCGCAUUGGGAGUUACUCAUGGAUGCAUAUUCUGAAAUUACAAAAUUGUCACAAAAUACUAUCACUAAUGCAUCUGUCAACAGUAAAGCGGAAUGUUUAAUUACGAAUAAAUCAUCUGAAAUGGAAUUAAUAGCAGAAAAUGAUGAACAUAUGUCCCAAGAGAACAAACUUUCCUUUAUCAGAAGAGAUUUGAAAAAUCAUAACAAUGAAAACAGAGAUUCUUAUUUCAGUGUAACAAAUGAUUUACAAGAGGAGACAUUGAAGGAUUUCAAAACUCCAUUAACUACAAAGUAUUCGCAAACAGAUACAUUCAUAGAUGCCAUUGGAUCUUCUAGUUUAAUCAAUCCAAGCGACGUCCUGGAUGCAAUUGUUGAAGCGACAUACAAUAUGUAUGCUAAUGAAUUGCGAUACGCCCUUAUAUAUGCAGUUUUUGUAAAACCGAUACAGAUACAGAUCUUUCAUAUACCUUCUGAUGCUUUUCGAAUACCACGUCAAAUUAAACUCGCGGAUCCUCGAGGACCGUUUCACUUACAGCUUCGUGAACGGUUGGAAAAGGUUGCUAGUGAAUCAAUUAACAACGACAAAAAGUUUAAAGGAAAGAAAACAGCUGAUAAUACGAGAGAAAAGGAAAUAAUUAAUGAUUUAGAUAUUGAAAUUCCUCCGACACCACGAUCUUCGUUAAACGAGGAAGAAACAUUAGCCAAUUACCGUCGAUUUAUUUUACCACUGAUAGAAUCAAAUGAAGCGAUGCAGAUAUUUGAGAUGCAUGCGGGAAAUAUGUAAUAUGAUAAAUAUAAACACAAGACUAUUGAGAGAA